GUCGUUCACUCCCACUGCACAGUACACCCUAGACUAGAGUAGGUAUAUAUACCAAUAUUCUCACGCACUUCUCCUCGAUUUCUUCACCUUCUCUGCGUGUUUCUGCUUCUCUUGUGCAAAAUCUGCGAUAUGGCGUUCCGGAGGAUCAUUUUGGGCCAAGUUGGUCGUGUCGGAGAGCGAUCGAUGUCGUCGUGGUGGCGAAAUGUCCAGCCAGCUGCUAAGGAUCCGAUUCUCGGAGUAACCGAAGCUUUCCUCGCUGAUCCGAGUCCGGAUAAAGUGAACGUCGGAGUUGGAGCUUAUCGCGACGAUAAUGGAAAGCCGGUGGUGUUGGAGUGCGUGCGGGAGGCAGAACGGAGAAUUGCGGGUAAUCUCAGCAUGGAGUAUCUUCCAAUGGGAGGAAGUGCAAAAAUGGUCGAGGAAACACUAAGAUUGGCUUACGGGGAGAAUUCUGACUUGAUUAAGGAUAAGAGAAUUGCAGCAAUACAAUCUCUAUCUGGGACUGGUGCAUGCCGAAUUUUUGCAGAGUUUCAAAGGCGUUUUUGUCCAGAUUCACAAAUUUACAUUCCGGUCCCUACCUGGGCCAAUCAUCAUAACAUCUGGAGAGACGCCCAUGUCCCUCAAAGAACUUUCCACUAUUAUCAUCCAGAGUCAAGGGGAUUGGACUUUGCUUCAAUGAUGGAUGACAUAAAGAGUGCUCCAAAUGGAUCAUUUUUCCUGCUUCAUGCUUGUGCUCAUAAUCCUACCGGAGUGGAUCCUUCGGAAGAACAAUGGAGGGAGAUUUCAUACCAGUUCAAGGUCAAAGGACAUUUUCCCUUCUUUGACAUGGCAUAUCAAGGUUUUGCGAGUGGUGAUCCAGAGAGGGAUGCUAAGUCUAUCAGGAUCUUUCUUGAGGAUGGUCAUCUAAUUGGAUGUGCGCAAUCAUAUGCAAAAAAUAUGGGACUUUAUGGCCAGAGAGUUGGCUGCCUGAGCGUGGUUUGUGAGGAUGAAAAGCAAGCGGUGGCCGUGAAAAGCCAGUUGCAGCAGCUUGCCAGACCCAUGUACAGUAAUCCACCUACGCAUGGUGCCCUGAUUGUUUCUACCGUUCUUGGUGAUCCAAACUUGAAGAAGUUGUGGCUUAAGGAAGUAAAGGGCAUGGCUGAUCGUAUCAUUGGAGCAAGAAUAGCAUUGAGACAAAAUCUCGAAAAGUUGGGGUCAUCUCUUUCCUGGAAGCACAUAACGAACCAGAUUGGCAUGUUCUGCUAUAGUGGGUUGACACCUGAACAAGUUGACCGCUUAACUAAUGAAUUCCAUAUUUACAUGACUCGUAAUGGUCGUAUCAGCAUGGCGGGAGUCACCACAGGAAACGUUGGUUACCUGGCUAAUGCAAUUCAUGAGGUGUCCAAGUCUGCUUAGGAACUUGAUACUGGCGCAUGUUUCAGCAAUAAUCCAAACGGAGGCUUUGGAAGGUUACAGGUUCUUUGUACAAUUCAAGAGAUUUUGGCUUUUAGGAAUUUUUUGAGAUUUUCUUCCAACUUUGUGAUCCUAACACUAGGAUGGACAAGUGAGAAGUCCUUCUUGAAGAGUUGAAGGAAAGCACUGAGACCAACUGGGGUUGGGCCAAGUGGUAAGCAGCUUGGUUCCGCUUAAGCAGGUCUCGGGUUCGAAACCUGGCGUAUGCAGCUACCCUUGUUGGGAGACUCACCCACCACAGCCAGGUGUGCGACCCGGGUCGACCAACGGAUUAGUCAGGGCAAAGCCCUGGAUACCGUGGCAGGCAACCAAAAAAAAAAAAAAGAAGGAAAGCACUGAGGACAUAAGCAACAGAUAUUUGAUUUUGAAUAAAUGCCGGUGCAUGUAUUCAUUUUAUACCCUCCAAUUCUGGAACUUUUGGCAGCUAGGAAUCAUUUGACUGUUGUAAUUCAGAGGUCGGAUAGAAGGUUAUGGAACCUUGUUUGGAUUGCCAGUUUCCGUCAAAAAAUUACAUCGUUUUCCGUGAUCACAUUUCCCUAUUAACUUUUUUCCUCA